AGCAAGUUUGUGACAAUCAAACUUGAAAAAAUUAACAAAUUAUCAAUUAAACACAUGUCGUUACGCGUUUUCAGUAAACACUUCUCGGCCUGUAUAAACAAACGCGUAUCAAGUUGUGCGCUUCAUAAAACACGUGAAUUCCAAUUGAGACACUUAACCAGUUCAACAAAUAUGUCCCUCAACGAAGCCAAACGCAUUGCCGCUUAUCAAGCUGUGGAUGAAUGGGUCAAGACCAACACAGCCGUGGGCAUUGGUAGUGGUUCAACCGUUGUAUUUGCUGUUGAUCGUCUGGCUGAACGUGUUAAAAAUGAAGGUCUACAAGUGGUGUGUGUACCCACUAGUUUCCAAGCCCGCCAACUUAUUGUUGAAAACAAUUUAACUUUGGGAGAUUUAGAUCGUAAUCCCCAAUUGGAUGUAGCCAUUGAUGGUGCCGAUGAAGUAGACAAGGACAUGGUUUUGAUUAAAGGCGGUGGCGGUUGUUUAUUGCAAGAAAAAAUUGUAGCAUCCUGCGCUGAAAAACUUAUAAUUAUUGCCGACUACACUAAGAACUCUCAAAAAUUGGGUGAACAAUACAAGAAGGGUGUACCCAUUGAAGUAGUACCCAUGGCUUAUGUGCCCAUCAAAGAAAAGGUGCAACAAAUGUUUGGUGGAGAGUUGAAAUUACGCAUGGCUAUCGCUAAGGCUGGUCCCUGUGUUACCGAUAAUGGUAAUCUCAUUUUGGACUGGCACUUCCCUCAAGACCAACAGUUCAAUUGGUCAGAUGUCAACAGAGAUUUAUUGUUGAUACCCGGUGUUGUGGAGACUGGUUUAUUUGUUAACAUGGCCACUAAGGCUUACUUUGGUAUGGCCGAUGGUGAAGUUAAGACCCAGGAAAAAUUAUAUUUUUAAAGUCUAUUUUUUAAUAAUUAAUUUUAAGUGAAAAGAAAACAUGAUUUUAUUUUUGAAUGACUUGCCUUUUUUGUUGUUAUUGUAAAAAGUACAAGUACAGUGUUGCAUUUGUUAACGAAACUCAGCGAAAAAUAAUAAAAUUUUUAAAUGUUUUUAAAUUAA